CACAGAGCAAAAGACGAAGCCGCAGCGGUGAAAGCUGAGCAUGCGAGUCAGAGACUCAAGAUGGCCCCGUGACGAGCGAAAUUAAAUUCGCACCCACCUCACCUGACCUUCCUCCCUCCCUCCCUCCCAGGUCCUCAAGCCUCGACCAGCCCGCCCUUUCUUCUCUCUCCUCCCGCGCGCAACCCCUACCUCCAGCGCCGCAAUGGCAAUGGCCUCGUGAGGCUCGGUUUUGUUUCUUGCUUCCUUCAUUCACGGCUCCUCGCUGCGGUUGGUCAGGGUGCGGUUCUUGGCGCUCUUGGUUUUUUUUUAGGUCCUGGUUUGCAGAGCACUGUGUUCCUUUGACCUUAUUGGGCGAUCUUGAGCUAGCUGCUUGUUUCUUGGGUUGAUGCGGCGGCGGGUCUUGUGAAGGCCGGGAACGCCGUGGAGGAGGAAGAGGAAGUUGUCCGGUGAGGGGGAGUCCGGAAUGGAAGGAGAGGCGGCGGCGGUGGCGCGGACAAGGGUGGUGCGGUGCCCCAAGUGCGACAAGUUCUUGCCGGAGCUACCCAUCUACUCCGUCUACGUCUGCGGCGGGUGCGGCGCCACUCUGCAAGCAAAGAAGAAUUCAACCCAAUCUUCACAUGACCCAGACAAUAGAAAUGUGAGAUACCUUGAAGUACUGGAGUGUGUUCCAGAGGCAUCUGAAACAAUGCCUGGCUCUAGCACCGCUGAUAGAUCAGAAACCAACAAAAUGGCAGAUGUACAUAGUAAAUCAGUUUACAGACGUCAUGCCAAUAUCUGGACUGGGCCAAGUGCCACAAAUCUGAACACUGCUGUUAGAGAUAAUGGCAGGGAGGCAAAGUACCGGCACAUUCGCGAUUGGGAGAGUGGAGAAAUGGGACAAUCAUUGAGAGUAAGAGACAUAUCCCCAAGGUCUCCAAUAGAUGGCAUUCGAACCAAUGCUUAUUGUGGAGAAGGCCUUGUUGACUGCCAUUUGAAGCCGGGGUGCAGAUAUUCCAAUAGGGAACACUCUGAUGAAAGAACCUUGGAUGGUCCAAGCAGAGUCAGGGGCCUUGAGAAAGACCGUGCUGAGAUCUUGAGGAUGCUUGAUGAGUUGAGGGACCAGGUGCAGAAAUCCUGCGAUAUAACUGAUCGGCCAAUUGGAAGUGCUCCAACCAAUAGAGCAGCAGAUGGCCCGAGUUCAUAUGAUACUUGUGACCAGUUGAGUCAAUUGAGGCAUGAUGUGCCUCAAUCGCAUCGGAAAAGUUCACGUCAAUCUCCAUUGUUGAAUGUGCAAAGUCCUAGCAUUCCUGAUUAUGCUGCAUUGCCUGCACAACAAGAUCGUCGUGGAUAUGCAGAGCCCAUUGCACAUGCAAGAGCCUCUAGCUAUCCAGCCAGCCUCUAUCCAUGGAGAAAUUUCGAUAAUUAUUUCUUUGGACACGAUGAUCCUGAUCCUCUCCUCCCUUGCCGCCAUGAUGGUUUCUGUCACCAGGCUGCUUGUUCUUGCUUGCACUGUUGCCACCAAGAAUUCUUGCCUGUACAGGGGAAUCACCUGGGCUUCAAUGAUCAAAGGGCACCAUAUCUUAUGAAUAGUUAUGGGGCCUAUCCUGUGGAAAGUCCCUUGUUUGGUCAGCAAAGAUAUAGUACAAGAGGCACUGGUACUACCUUGCAGCAGAAUCACACAAGGGCCAAUGUAAGCAAGAAGCCCACACAGACUUGCGAGCCAGUUGCAGGUGGUGCUCCUUUCACCAUAUGUUACAAUUGCUAUGAAGUGCUGCAGCUACCAAAGAAACAAUCCUUGUCAGGGAAGGAGUAUAAAUUGUGGUGUGGAUCAUGCUCGCAUGCAAUUGUAGUCAAGUUUGAUGGAAGCAGGCUCGAUGUAUCAGAGUUUCCUUUAGGUACACAUUUAUCUGCUGGACAGCAAAAUAUCAUCGACAGUGGCAUGGGGACCAAUGAGCAAACUGCAGAUGAGAGGUCCGUUCCAGCUUAUUGUUUUUCUGAUGGAAGCCAUACAUCUCAAGAAAAAGAUCUGCACUCAAAUUUGAGUGAGUCAGAGAACAACCAUAACCAUCUAGGAACUAAUUCUGAGUACACUUCCCAGUCCAGGGAUCUUCCUUCUGAAGUCAACGUGGUUUCCCAUGUACCAAGUUUACCACAUCGUGAUCAUUGUGGAUUCUCUCCAUCUGAGUAUUCUGAAGUAGGAAGUAGAAGUACCCAUUCUGAACCUGAAAAGAUUAUACUGUUAUCUGAAAGUUGCAAGAAAAACUCGAUUAAAGAUGUAUGUGUAGCAAAUGAGAAGCAGUCGUCAGACAUUGAGUUUGAUUAUCCUGAAUGCACACAAGGUGCAUUAAAUGUGCAACAAGAUGCUGGCCACACUGGAGUAACAAAGGCUAGCCAUUCAUUUCUCACCAAUCUGAUAAAAAAGAGCUUCAAAAUUAAUAAUGGAAUGCACAAUCGAAGAGCAAGAGUUUAUGUAAAUGGCUUUCCUAUCUCUGAUCGUGAGGUCAAAAAGGCAGAGAAGCAAGCUGGAGCAAUCUGUCCUGGUGAUUAUUGGUAUGACUAUCGUGCUGGCUUCUGGGGUGUUAUGGGACGGCCCUGCUUUGGCAUGAUACCUCCUUAUAUUCCAGAGUUUAAUUACCCCAUGCCCAAGAACUGUGCUGGUGGAAACACUGGCAUAUUUGUUAAUGGGAGAGAACUUCACCAGAAGGAUUUGGAUUUACUUGUGGCUCGAGGACUCUCUGAUUCCCCUGGAAGAUCUUAUACAGUGGAAAAUUCUGGGAAAGUUUCAGAUGAAGCAACAGGUGAAGAGCUUUAUGGCCUUGGCAAACUUGCACCAACUGUUGAGAAAAUGGGGCGUGGAUUUGGCAUGCGAGUCCCAAGAGUCAUCCAGUGACAGGUCAGCACAGCACUAGAAUUCAGAAGCUGGGGUGUAAAUAGAUAGAAAUGUUUGAAGUCUACUUUAGAUUAUUCCAGUUGUGAGGCUAGUUUCAUGUUCUUUCUUUUUUCUUGCUUGUAUUCCCCCUUAACACGAGGCCUAAUUCAGUAAUAUGGAGGUAUUCUUGUAUAAUUUUCUAAUGCAUUGGUUUUACCUGGUAAAUGCUCCUGUCAAUGGAGAACUUUUCCCUUUUCUUUUA